AUGUGGUUUCAACUCAGGCAAGCCAAGCUCCCAGCAUACACCCUACUGAUAAGGAUUGCAACAAGAAGAGAGAAGAUGGACAAAGUUGUGGACACACUCUGCCCUACGCCUAUACUGUUUUUGGAGAAGAACAAAAGUAAGUCCUUAGCUGAAUGCAUCCCCAAGGGUACUGGUACGCCCGUGAUCGAGGUGGAAAGCAUUGGAGGAGAUACAUAUGUUGUUGAUCUCACAAGAACAUGUGCUUGUCGAAGGUGGGAUCUCACUGGCAUACCUUGCAAGCACGACAUUGUUGCCGUCAAUUUCAUGAGGCAAAAACCUGAAGAUUAUGUGGAUGCAUGCUACCUCAAAUCAACCUACAUGGUCAUUUACUCCCACACAGUGAAACCAGUGAAUGGGAUGGACCUUUGGAUACCUACUGAUUCAACUCCUAUCCUCCUACCACAGUACAAUAGGAAAUAUGGAAGGCCUAAGAAGAAAAGGAACAAGGAUGCAUAUGAGAAGGAGACUAAUGGCAAACUUUGA